AUGUCAAAAAUUCCAAGAAAUUUCAAACUUUUAGAAGAAUUAGAGAAGGGAGAAAAAGGUUUAAGUGCUGAAUCAAUCUCUUAUGGAUUAAGUAAUCAAGAUGAUAUUACCAUGACCCAUUGGAAUGGUACUAUAUUAGGACCACCACAUUCAAGUCAUGAAAAUAGAAUUUAUUCGUUAAACAUUGUUUGUGGUGAAAAAUACCCUGAUGAACCUCCAAAAGUUAAUUUCUUAUCAAAGAUUAAUUUACCAUGUGUUGAUGGCGAAGGUAAUGUAGUGGUUUCACAAUUUGAAACUUUAAAGAAUUGGAAGAGAAGUUAUUCCAUGGAAACUGUAUUAUUGGAAUUAAGAAAAUCAAUGGCAUCUACAAGUAAUAAGAAAUUAGUUCAACCCCCUGAAGGUUCUACUUAUGCAUAA